GGGGCUGGACUGUUAUUUGGGAAUAUACAAAGAUUGAAGGGAGCAAGGACAUAAAACUACAGUGCCUGGCCUUAAGCGGUCGGUAGCCUACUCAGUUUCUGCAGGGGUCUUGCACUGGAUUCCCCAUCGUUUUUGGAAGGUUGAAUGUAUGGUUCGGGGUUGUAACUGGGAACACACACUAAAAUACUAAGAGAAGCCUCCGCUCCCUUCCUCCCUUCUUUUUCUCCCCCAAAGGCCCUGCAUGUCUAAUCUUUAGACAUGUUCAGCUUUGUGGAUUCGAGGACUGUACUGCUACUUGUAGCAACCCAAGUCGUUCUAUUAGCCGUUGUCAAAUGUCAAGAGGAAGACGAUCAGGAUGCAUUUAGCUGUAUACAGGACGGGCAGAAGUAUAGCGACAAGGACGUCUGGAAACCAGAGCCGUGUCGCAUCUGUGUGUGCGACACGGGCAGCGUCUUGUGUGACGGGAUUAUCUGCGAGGAACUCAAAGACUGCCCUAAUCCCGAGAUCCCAUUCGGAGAGUGUUGCCCCAUCUGCUCUGCCAGCCAAGGCUCUUCCAGCGGAUCACCUGGAGCUAAGGGCCAGAAAGGUGAACCCGGAGAUAUUACUGAUGUGAUGGGUCCACGCGGACCUGGAGGUCCUAUGGGCCCCCCAGGAGAGCAAGGAUCACGCGGAGCACGAGGAGACAAAGGCGAGAAGGGAGGCUCUGGCCCCCGCGGCAGAGAUGGGGAACCUGGUACCCCCGGAAACCCCGGCCCCCCUGGACCUCCAGGGCCAAAUGGACCCCCUGGCCUUGGUGGAAACUUCGCUGCCCAGAUGGCUGGAGGCUUCGAUGAGAAGUCAGGAGGCGCUCAGAUGGGCGUGAUGCAAGGACCGAUGGGCCCCAUGGGUCCUCGAGGACCACCUGGCCCCUCUGGAGCUCCUGGCCCACAAGGUUUCCAAGGCAACCCCGGAGAGGCUGGAGAGCCCGGAGCGUCUGGCCCCAUGGGACCUCGUGGCCCACCUGGACCUUCUGGAAAACCUGGAGAUGAUGGUGAGGCUGGUAAGCCAGGUAAAGGUGGUGAGCGUGGCCCCGCAGGGCCCCAGGGUGCGCGUGGAUUCCCAGGAACCCCUGGCCUGCCUGGCAUCAAGGGACACAGAGGCUAUCCUGGUCUGGAUGGAACCAAGGGAGAGGGAGGAGCAGUCGGAGCUAAGGGAGAGUCUGGUUCUCCUGGAGAAAAUGGCGCUCCCGGACCCAUGGGACCACGUGGACUCCCUGGUGAGAGGGGGCGUCCCGGAGCGUCUGGAGCUGCUGGUGCUCGUGGAAAUGAUGGUUUGCCUGGCCCUGCUGGUCCCCCUGGCCCUGUUGGACCCGCUGGAGCUCCAGGCUUCCCUGGCUCUCCUGGUUCCAAGGGAGAGGCUGGCCCUACCGGUGCUCGCGGCCCUGAGGGAGCCCAGGGGCCCCGUGGAGAGUCAGGAACUCCUGGAUCACCUGGACCCUCUGGCGCCUCCGGAAACCCUGGUACUGAUGGCAUCAACGGAGCCAAAGGAUCUGCUGGUGCUCCUGGUAUCGCUGGUGCCCCUGGCUUCCCCGGACCCCGCGGCCCCCCCGGGCCUCAGGGAGCCACUGGACCCCUGGGACCAAAGGGAACAUCGGGUGACCCUGGUAUCCCAGGCUUCAAGGGAGAGGCUGGACCCAAGGGAGAGCUCGGGCCUGCUGGACUUCAAGGGCCCCUGGGCCCUGCAGGAGAGGAGGGGAAGAGAGGCCCUCGUGGAGAACCUGGUGCUGCAGGACCCCUCGGACCCCCAGGAGAGAGAGGUGCGCCUGGUAACCGUGGUUUCCCAGGACAAGAUGGUUUGGCUGGUCCCAAGGGAGCCCCUGGCGAGCGUGGACCUGCAGGUGUGGGUGGUCCCAAGGGAGCCAACGGAGACCCAGGUCGCCCUGGAGAGCCUGGUCUGCCUGGUGCCAGAGGUCUCACUGGUCGCCCUGGUGAUGCUGGUCCUCAAGGCAAAGUCGGACCUUCUGGUGCUGCUGGUGAGGAUGGUCGCCCUGGACCCCCUGGCCCUAUGGGAGCUCGUGGACAACCUGGAGUUAUGGGAUUCCCCGGACCCAAAGGAGCCAAUGGUGAGCCUGGUAAGGGAGGAGAGAAGGGUCUUCUGGGAGCUCCCGGUCUGAGGGGUCUUCCUGGUAAGGAUGGAGAGACAGGAGCUGCUGGACCUCCUGGCCCCGCCGGACCUGCUGGAGAGAGAGGAGAGCAGGGGCAGCCUGGACCCUCUGGAUUCCAGGGUCUGCCUGGACCUCCCGGCCCCCCAGGUGAAGGAGGCAAGCCUGGUGACCAGGGUGUUCCAGGAGAGGGAGGAGCUGCUGGUGCUACUGGACCCAGAGGUGAGCGAGGUUUCCCAGGAGAGAGAGGAGGUGCUGGGCCCCAGGGUCUGCAGGGGCCUCGAGGUCUGCCUGGAACUCCUGGAACCGACGGACCCAAGGGAGCCAUUGGGCCCGGUGGGGCCCCCGGAGCCCAGGGACCCCCUGGUCUGCAGGGCAUGCCCGGAGAGAGAGGAGCCUCCGGCAUCCCUGGACCAAAGGGUGACAGAGGUGACAACGGUGAGAAAGGACCUGAAGGUGCCUCGGGCAAGGACGGCUCCAGAGGUUUGACUGGCCCCAUCGGACCCCCUGGUCCUGCUGGGCCCAACGGAGAGAAGGGAGAGUCAGGACCUGCUGGGCCAUCUGGGGCUGCUGGGGCCCGUGGAGCGCCUGGGGACCGAGGAGAGACUGGACCCCCUGGGCCUGCUGGUUUUGCUGGUCCUCCUGGUUCAGAUGGCCAGCCUGGGGCUAAGGGAGAGCAGGGAGAGGGUGGCCAGAAGGGCGAUGCUGGUGCUCCCGGACCCCAAGGACCCUCUGGCGCUCCAGGACCUUCGGGUCCAACUGGAGUUUCUGGACCUAAAGGCGCUCGCGGAGCUCAGGGACCUCCUGGUGCCACUGGUUUCCCUGGUGCUGCUGGCAGAGUUGGACCUCCAGGUCCUAAUGGUAACCCCGGUCCUUCUGGGCCAGCUGGUCCUCCCGGUAAAGAUGGUCCCAAGGGCGUCCGAGGUGAUGGCGGUCCCCCAGGCCGACAGGGAGACGCUGGGCUGCGUGGAGCCGCUGGCACCCCCGGAGAGAAGGGAGAUUCGGGAGAGGACGGCCCACCCGGUCCCGACGGCCCCUCAGGACCUUCUGGUCUGGCUGGACAGCGUGGGAUUGUUGGUCUUCCUGGUCAACGUGGAGAAAGAGGCUUCCCUGGUCUUCCAGGACCCUCUGGUGAGCCUGGUAAACAGGGAUCUCCUGGUGGAAGCGGAGACCGCGGACCCCCUGGCCCAGUUGGACCCCCUGGGCUGACUGGACCUUCUGGAGAGCCUGGCAGAGAGGGCAAUGCUGGAUCUGAUGGUCCCCCUGGUAGAGAUGGUGCCACUGGUAUCAAGGGUGACCGUGGUAACACAGGCCCCGCUGGAGCUCCUGGUGCACCUGGGGCCCCUGGAGCCUCCGGCCCUGUCGGCCCCACCGGCAAGCAGGGAGACAGAGGAGAGGCGGGAGCCCAAGGCCCUGCUGGACCCGCAGGACCGGCUGGAGCCAGAGGAAUGGCUGGACCCCAAGGACCUCGCGGUGACAAGGGAGAGGCUGGUGAGGGUGGAGAGAGGGGACAGAAGGGACACCGAGGCUUCACCGGUCUGCAGGGUCUUCCUGGACCUCCCGGUCAAGCUGGAGACCAGGGUGCAUCUGGACCUGCUGGACCCUCUGGAGCCAGAGGACCCCCUGGACCUAUUGGACCCGGUGGAAAGGACGGUUCCAACGGUCUUCCUGGACCCAUCGGACCCCCCGGACCCCGUGGUCGCUCUGGAGAGACCGGUCCCUCCGGUCCCCCUGGUAACUCUGGCCCCCCCGGUCCACCCGGGCCCCCCGGCCCAGGCAUCGACAUGUCCGCCUUCGCUGGCCUGUCUCAGCUUGAGAAGUCCCCUGACCCCCUGAGGUACAUGCGUGCCGACCAGGCCUCCAGUAACCUGCGCCAGCAUGACGUGGAGGUGGACGCCACCCUCAAGUCUCUCAACAACCAGAUCGAGAACAUCCGCAGCCCCGAGGGCUCCAAGAAGAACCCCGCCCGCACCUGCAGAGACCUGAAGCUCUGCCACCCCGACUGGAAGAGCGGAGAGUACUGGAUCGACCCCAACCAGGGCUGCACCAUCGACGCCAUCAAGGUCUACUGUAACAUGGAGACUGGCGAGUCCUGCGUCCACCCCAAGCCUGCUAGCAUCCCACGCAAGAACUGGUGGUCCAGCAAGACCAAGGAGCGCAAACACAUCUGGUUCGGAGAGACCAUGAACGGAGGGUUCCACUUCAGCUACGGCGAUGACAGCCUGGCUCCCAACACCGCCGCUAUCCAGAUGACCUUCCUCAGGCUGCUGUCCACGGAAGCCGCCCAGAACCUCACCUACCACUGCCGCAACAGCGUGGCCUACAUGGACGCGUCCGCGGGCAACCUGAAGAAGGCCGUGCUGCUGCAGGGCUCCAACGACGUGGAGAUCCGAGCCGAGGGCAACAGCCGCUUCACCUACAGCGUCAUGGAGGACGGAUGCACGAAACACACAGGACAGUGGGGCAAGACGGUCAUCGAGUACAAGUCACAGAAGACCUCUCGUCUGCCCAUCGUGGACAUUGCCCCCAUGGACAUCGGUGGAGCAGACCAGGAGUUCGGAGUCGACGUUGGCGCAGUCUGUUUCUUGUAAAGAUAGAGGAAUGGAAAGAAGAAGAGAACCGUGAAUUGAACAAAAAAAAAAAAGAUGAAAGAGAAACACACACUUCAAAAGAAAAAAAGGAAUAAAGAGAGAACAGAAAGAUCGAGACACUUUUUUUUUAAAUGGGACUUUUUUUCUAAGUAAAAAGUGCUUUUUCCAAGUCGUACUCCUAGGAUAUCUGCACUGAAUGGCACCAGCAGCAGUCAUCUGAGAUUCAUCCAGCAUCGCCUCCAGUCUCCCCCUGACCCCCUCGCCCCUCUCUCUCUCCCAGAACCCCCCCACGGACCCCCCCACUCCCACCCCUACUCCAUCCUGGGCAGCCCUCCCCUGAAGGCAAGGGGACCUCGGCAGGGAGAGACAGAUAGAAACGUGAUGGUGUUAUUUAUUUAUUGUUUAGGUGUGGGUCCCAGGUGUGUCACAGCCAAUAGGAGCAGCCUAUAUAUACUGUACAAUAGUAUAUCAGUCCCCCUCCCUCCACACACACACACACCUUCAGCCCCACCCCAUCCCUCUCCCCACCCUUCUCCACUCCCCUCUCCUGCUCCAUAUCCACAUAUUAUCUUGUUGAAACCAAAAAAUCUAGCUAUGUAGUAAGUGCAGGUGUUCCUAUUUCGACCGCCAGUGUGUAUCAGAAAGUUACUGUGUAUUAUAAUAAAGUCAAUGGUGCUAUUGUUGUAAAACAAGUCUGUAUUUUUUAACAACCAGAUACUGAUAUGUAGUGACAUGUAUAUAUGUAUAUAUAUGUGUGUGUAUACACAUAUAUAUAUACAGUGGUCAGUGAGUACAUUGCACCCUGGGAGUUUGUUUUUCAGGGUGACAAAUGUCCCUGCCCCCCUGCCCCGCCCCCUCGGCCUGUAGCUGCCAAUCAAAAGAGACUUCCAAAAUUCCAAAUUCCUCCUAGAUCCUUUUUUUUGUUGUCAUUUUUCGUUUUGUUUUAGUUAUGAUUUUUGAAGCUACCUCACACUAAAAAGAAAACAACUAAACAAAGUAUGGCCUUGACCCAGAAGUUUACAGAACCCCAACCUUGCUACCUGGCACGGGAGACAUCUGGAGAGAAGCCCAGAGACCCGUCCAGCAUCGGCCCUCCUCUGAUGACGUUUACCCCCUCACCCCUACCCGCAUCACUUCCUCCCAUCAGCCUCCGCUGACCCCUCACACAGGAAGUACACUGUGCCCUGGCAAACACACUCCAGGACCUAAACUCCGCUGCCCUGCCCACCUCUGUGCCCCCUAGUCCAGAGAGAUGUAUCACUAGACACCCUGUCACCCUCUGUGCACAGAACAGUCCCUAACCCCGGGACACAGUCUAUUCAUGUGUGAGGGUGUGUAUAUUUCUGAUUAUUAAUAAUAUUAUUAUUAUUAAUAAUAAUAGCAUUAUUAUGAUGAUGAUGAUGAUGAUCAUGGUUUUGUUUUUGUUACGGUUUUGAUUAAUGUAAAUUGGAAAUAAAAGACAAAAACAAGAACAGACUAAAGUUGCUUUUUUAUUUUUAUUUUUUAUUUUUCUCUCUGUUUUCCCAUUGAGUGUGCAGGAAGUUGUACAUUUGGCUGAAUAUUUCCCUCCUGGUUCUUCCUGUUCACACCUCACUGUUGGAAGUGUCAGAAUACCCCAAAAAAGGAAGUGAUGUCAAAUCGAUUUCCUGUGUUGUACUUCUUCUUAUGUAUGAAUUACAUCGAUCUACACAUCUAUCUAUUCAGGGGGAAGGGUGGUUAAGUGACAACCUAGGAAGACAAAGGCAAGACGGUUGAUUGAGAUUGGGCCAUUUCAUUUAUGUUUUAUGUUGAUGUGGUGACAUUAGUAAACAAAACUCAAUAAUAAGUAGGUUGAGUUGGAGGUAAAAUUGAUAUCAUGUACUUUUUGUAUGUGUUAAAAUAGUUUUUCACAAUUUCUUUGAAAGCAUGGUAGAGUAGAAAUGGGAAACAUUGGCAGUCGUGAUCAAACACGCCAUGUUGUGAAUUGAUUCAGUCAUUCUGUACUUUCUUUUCCUUUUCUUCUAACCUCUCACCUUGGCAAUAAAAGGUAGAAGCAUUUCUAUGAAUAAAACACAGCCACGUUUGUUUGAUUUUGUUUUUAUAUUUUAGUUUUUUCCAUUUUUCAUCUAUUAUUUAUAUAUUGGUUUCCAAAUCUAUGAUGUUAUUUUUGUUAGAAUAAUUAUUGACAUAGAGAGAAAUAAAAUCUAAAAACAUCCCAAAUAAAAUAAAUCAAUGUAAUAAAACCAGCACAGGAAGCAA